AUGCUUGAUCAUCUACAGCGGAGAAGCUGGCGGUCGCUGCUGGUGACAGCUCACACGAGCUCAGCAGGGGCCCGUGUCGCUUCCAGCACCACCAGGACACCAGCUCGAGCGCUGUCAUCAAGUAGCGCCAGAAAGGAACCUCUCGCUAGACCAUUAAAGUGUCGCUCGUCUCCACAGAACCAAUCCAAUCCUAUGGGCCGCUCACAACGCCGAGGCUUGCACUUCAGCCACGACUUAACCAAUCGACCAGGCCCCGGCACUCUCUCGGCGCACAAAGCCACACCCUUGGACGAAGUCACCAGACUCCGCGAGCUCAUCAAUCGAGCCAACGCAACCAACUCCAAACUCUCCAAAGAGCGCAUCCUUUCCGAGUUCGACGACCUGAUCCCACUGCUCGCAUUUCUCUACGACCCAUACUGUCGGCUUCACGUCACUUCUUCAGCCGUGCACAACUAUCUCCAGCAAAGAAAGAGGGACGAAGAUCGGCAGAGCAACCAGGCUCCACUCCUCAACAGGCCCUCAAAUAGGUCGAGGGACAAAACUCGUGCGGCUGCUUUGAGGGCUAAACAGGAGGACCAGGCCACAGAGCGAAUACCGGCUACCCUGCUCGAACUGUUUCAUUUGCUAGCUUCUCGAAAAGUCACAGGUCAUGAAGCGCUGGCGGUGAUACGUGUCUUCUUGGAACAGCAUGGGAUAAUUGAACAACAUGAAUAUGCACUGGGCGGAUAUGAUGAUCCCAAAAUGUCAACGACGGAGCUGUUUCGGAAAGGUCUGUUGCGUCCGACGUCUUUGGAGAUCUUUUAUAGAUGCCUGGAUCGCAAUCUCAAAGGCGGGUUUGGGGAGCGGAUCCUGCAGCAAGCGUUUGCCGCCAACUCUGAUGCAUCAGCCAGCACGAACGGAAAGGGAAAGAAUGCAGCAAAACAAGGCCGUGCAGCCGAAGCGCCAAUCCCCUUCCGUGGUUCGUUCGAAGUAUCUCUAGGCAGAACAGUGACGCGUGAGGAGCUACCCAGCUUGUUUGCCAGUAAGGACACGUCAAAGUGGUACGCCAGCAGGAAGCUUGAUGGUGUUCGCUGUCUCUUUGUGGUGCGUCUUCAGAAAGAAUUCGAUGGGAAUGGGUCAGCUUGGUGGAAAGUUGCGUCGAUUCAAGCGCUGUCGCGUGGCGGAAGGCCUUUCUCAACGCUAGCUGUGCUGGAGAAGGAGCUUGCGAGCUUGCUGCCUUCCUGGCCUGGACUGACGGACUUGCUGGACGACUCUUCAGGCUCAACAUCCUCUGAAAGUUCUGCGAUGUCGGGCAUGGCAACCCUCAUCCUCGAUGGUGAAGUAUGCAUUCUUCGACCUCCAGAACAAGCAUCUCCGUCUGCGGCAAAGCAACUCGACGCUACCAUAUCAUCCGCAGAAGGCGACCCAGCCAAGACAGAGCAGCCCGUGGUUGAAGACUUUGCGGCCGUUGUCGGCCUGAUCAAGCGUAAGAACUACACAAUACCCGAACCAGCCUUCUUCCCGUUCGAUCUCCUAACCCUGGACGAGUUUACUCAAUGGCGGUCUAACUCCCCUUCCAAACCCACUUUCUCAAAACGACUCGCAUCCCUCGAAUCCCUCGUCAUCUCCUUCGAGGCGAAUGCACGAGCACGGCACAAGCAGAGUUUGAUCCGCAAGCUCUCACAGCACGUAGUUUCGAGCACAGAAGACGUCGGAGAGAUGCUAGCCACGGCCUCUCAAUGCGGGUGGGAAGGUCUGGUGCUGCGCCAAGACGUGCCGUAUGAAGGCAAACGUAGUUCAGCCAUUCGGAAGUUCAAAGAGUGGAAAGAUGCCGAGUACACAGUCCAGGGAAUCACCGUCGCUACUAUGCGGCUGCCGAUCAAUGGGCGAUUCGAAGAAAGGGAGGCGAUGGCAGCGAUUCAGAUCGAGCAUAAAGGGGCAAAAGUCUCGGUUGGAUCUGGUUUCACACCGGAGCAAAGGGUUGAGUUUGCAAAGGAUCCGAGGAAGAUUGCGGGGAAGGUGGUGACUGUGGAGUACUUUGAUGAGAGCACGACGAUGCCGAAUGGGUCAGCCAGAAGCAAUGCCUCGGCCGAGGGGAAUAGCGAAGGCCAAGGCGACAAAAAGGUCUACAGUCUUCGCUUCCCACGAAUCAAGCAGAUCUGGGGCGAAGAGCGCGACAUCUAA